UCAUGUACCAACAAAAUCAAACAUUCAUGGCGGAGGACGACCAAGAGAAACCUCUAGCUCCCACCACGCCACGCCCCCGCCUCCUCCCCAUGACCGUAGACGAAGCCUUGUCCACAGAAUUGAAGAAGCAACAUCAAGGAUUCCAGAAACGCACUGUCUGGUGCGGAAUCGUCACCGCCGUCAUCCUCAUCAUCGCGGUGGUGAUGUUAGUCCUAGGUUUCACAGUCUUCCACAUCAAAAACCCUAAAAUCAAAAUGAACUCUGUAAGGAUCAUCGGACUUGACGGAGUCAAUCAAACGGAUAUAUUCACCGGGAAAGCCAAUCUGACGGUGGUGGCAGACGUCUCCGUGAAGAACCCUAACGUGGCGGCAUUCAAGUUCGAAAAAUCAAAUUCAAGUCUUUUGUACCAUGAGACGGUGGUGGGAGUGGCGGAUGUUCCCGGAGGGAUAGCUAAGGCAAGGAGGACGAUGAGAUUGAACUUGACGUUUCAGGUGAUGUUGCCGCAGAUAAUCGGAAACCAACAAUUUUUGACCGAUUCUGCGGCGGAGAUUCUACCGGUGAAAAGCUAUACGAAGAUUCACGGCAGGGUUAAGAUAACAAAACUUAUAAAGCGAAACGUAACGGUGACAAUGAACUGUUCCGUCGACGUUAGCCUAACGAACUGGGAUAUCGUCCGUCAAAGUUGCAUCAGGCAUGUUUCUUUUUAGGACCUGUUUAUAC